CUUCCCAUUUCAAGUGCAUAGAUAAUUCGCAAAGAUAAAGAUGGCGACCGGCGAUGCUACGCCCGCGCCUAGGAUUCGCGUUGGUGUAUUGGCGCUUCAAGGCUCUUUUCGUGAGCACAUGACCUUGCUACAAAAGGUGCCAGGUGUGGAGGUCGUGGAGGUGCGCACCAAGGAUGAGCUUGAGAGCGUCGCUGGCCUCAUCAUUCCCGGUGGCGAGAGCACCACGAUGGCGCUUGUUGCUGAGCGCUGGGGUCUGAUUCCUGAGCUGCGCUCGUUUGCCAAGGCGGGCAAGCCCGUAUGGGGCACCUGCGCCGGCAUGAUUUUCCUGGCGGAGGGCGCUGAGGGCCAGAAGGAGGGCGGCCAGACGCUGCUGGGCGGACUUGACAUCACCGUGUCGCGCAACUUCUUCGGCGCGCAGAUCAACAGCUUUGAGACGCGGUUGCCGGCGCCCGAGUGCGUCAAGUCACACGGAUCUACCGACGACUUCCGUGCUGUGUUCAUCCGCGCGCCAGCUGUGCUGGCGGCGGGCCCGGGCGUCGAGGUGCUGGCGGAGUACGCGCUGACGCCAGAGGAGCGCGCCAAGCACGGGCGCGACAAGGUCAUUGUGGGCGUGCGCAAGGGCGUGCUGAUGGCCACCGCCUUCCACCCCGAGCUGACCACCGACAUCCGCUGGCACCAGGCGUUUGUGGACAUGGUGCGCGCGCACGCGGGCGAGGCGGGCGGCGUGCCCGGCAAGGCGCCGCCGCCGCUAUACGAGAACCUGGGCCGCCUGCCUAACCGGCCGCCGGACAUGCCCAUCUACGGACAGGAGUUCCUCAAGCGCGAGGACCUCUGAGCGGCCGGGAGGGAGGAGCUGUGAGCAGCGAGGAUCCAUGGCGGCCGCGAGGACGUGACGGGGUGGGAUUUGGGGGUGCUGCUGGCAGCUGUGGAGCUUGGCCUUGUGCGAGCGAGGAGGCCGUGGGGCAGCCGGCGCCGGAGCUGUGGGGGCUGCGCGGCCAUGCUGUAAAGCCGCGGGCCUUUGGGUUAGCAAGAGCUUUGGGCGACUGGGCUUUGUGGGUCGGAGCGAGUGAUGAGGGAUAGCAUGGCGAGUGCGGGUGGCCAGGGCUCCAGUCCGAGGACACAGGAGCUAGGGCUGGGAGGUUCGGGAGCGUCUGACGCGGGGCGGGCAUAUCGAUGCCCGAAAGCGGACGUCGACGUAGCGAGAACUGAGGUGACCCUGGCAAGGCUGCGUCCAGUGAGCAGCGGUGCAUUCGCUGCUUGAUGCGAUACAACUGCGUGCGCCCGCGCAUAUGCCGUACGCCUGCUUCAUGGGUUUGGGCGCUCUGGCGAGUUGCGUAGCUGGACUGCGCGGCGGCGAUCAUGCAGUUGCGCGUACUGCAUUGCAGAAGAAUGGAGUAUCGGCGUGUGGCAAAGGGGUUCGGGUGUAAUCUCUCGCCGACGGACUGACUUAUUGACCGUGUUAUUGACUGGGUGGUUGAUGAAGACAGUGACCCUGUGACGCAGAUCGUCGCUGAACUUUACGUUUGUGCAACAUGACGGCGCCAUACGGGCGAUAUGUCUUACGCUCUGCCAAUGCGCUUGCAGGCCGAGUAGGGGGGUUGCUAAGAUGUGGAGGCCGGGACCAACUGAGAGAGGCGAGAAGUGACUGAGCGAGCGAGAGUGCCAGAGUGCAGAGAAAGAGAGGAAAAGCGAGGAGAGAGGCGUACAAUGUGUGGGGCGGGAGCAUGCGUUUUCAGACGUGGAUGUAAACAUGCAUCCGG